UCUCAGUUAUCUAUAUUUCAUUUUGCGAUUUUAUUGUUACGUUCUUCAAAUAAAAGGAUAAUAAGUAAACAAUUAAAUCUGAAUGUGAUUUGAUUAAAUUCAGUAGUUUUGUCAUCAUUAAAUUCAGUAGUAUUAGGGCUAAAUCUUAAAUCAAAGCUAAAAUACAUGGGCCACAUCUAAAUAUCUACCAAUAAAAAACGAAACGAGACUUUCCUUGUUGUCAAAGUGUUUUAUAAAAGCAACCUCAGUAAACUAAACCCCAAGCAACACGAGGAACCCAAGAGACAAUAGAAAGUAGAAGAAAAUGAAACUGGUUUGGUCUCCUGAGACAGCAUCUAAGGCUUACUUAGACACCGUUAAAUCUUGCGAGAAUCUUGAAACGCCUGACGCGGCGGAGCUAAUAUCGGCGAUGGCAGCCGGAUGGAACGCGAAGCUGAUCGUGGAAACUUGGUCAUACGGAGACGCAAUAGCCUCGAGUGUUGGCUUAAACGUCGCGAGCCGACACGCAAACGCGAAACACAUAUGCAUCGUACAAAACACGUUAUCAGAAUCUGCUUAUCUCCAAGCCAUUCAAGAACAUUCAUCUCCCCUGAACUUACCAGAGACGAUCAUCGCUGAAGAACCUCAAAGCGCGAUGAAGGAGAUACAAGGAAUAGAUUUCUUGGUCGUGGAUUGGCGGAACAAAGAGUUUGCAGCGGCUGCGUUGAGGAACGCUGCGUUUGGAAGCAGUGGAGCGGUUGUGGUUUGUAGAAACGGGUACUCGAGAAAUGCUUCGGGUUUUAGCUGGACAAGGGGUUUAAGAGACCGGACCGUUGUUAGAAAGGUGACUCUUCCGGUCACUGGAGGUAUUGAGAUAGCUUAUGUGGCGGCAAGGAACUCUGGGAAGACUGAGAGCAAGAAGAGAAGAUGGAUCACACAUGUUGAUCAGAGUUCGGGAGAAGAACAUGUAUUUAGUAUUUAGAAAGUCAAGAGACAGAAAAAUGUGAGAAAUGUUUAUUUGGAUUAUUGUAUUUUACUUUUUGUACAUAGGAUCAUAAGAUUCCAUAGUUGAUAAUUGAUAUUGUAUCAUACUUGUCUUAGAUAUCAGCUACAACUGAUAAUAUGAGAAUGUGUUGACUUUGGAGGGAAUUAAAUCUAUGUGCAUUAGUAAAAAGACAUAUUCAUUUGGCUUA